CCGAGACACAGCCCCAAGUACUUUGUUCCUGCAUCUAUCACUGACCAGCUGUGAUAGUCGUCAACUGCCAAGUGGCGGACAGAUAGAUUACCUGCGGUACGAGUCCGCGUAUACUAGAGCUUGUCAAAUGUAUGUUAGAAACUAAUACAGACAGAUCCGCACGGUCCCGCAUUCGACGAGUACAUCUACAUGCUUUCUCAGAUUAACUGGUCGCCGGAAGACUCCCUAGGUUUAUUGCAAACCAGAGACCAACAUUCAAGACUAGAGGACUAGAAAUACCACGCUUACUAUGCUUAUACGAUCUUCGGGCACCGGGUCCGUUAUGUCAGUAUCUCACGAUAUCGAGCAGACUGUCGUGAGUUCAUGGUUGAUGGCAACGGGCGGACUAUCGUCGUUAGGUCGCGUUUAGGGUCUCUCGCAGCAGGAUAUAAUCACAUAACCAAGUAUAUAUCACCAUCUCCGUCGCCUCCGCGCGCCGUCCCGGGCAACAUUGGUUUUCGAUCGCCCUCCGCGGAUUCCUAGCGUAUCAUUCGUCCUUCUCCUAAUCUCUUGUCUGUUCUUUCUUGCACUGGGUGCACAUUCCACUCUUUCGGCCAGCAGGACUGUGCACCACGCUGCUUUCCCCCAGUCUGUUGUAUUUCUAUCAUCUGACAUCAUCAUGACUCUUCCUACUCGCCCUAACGCUCGCAUUGGCCUCCCUUCCAGCCCCUCCCCCCGUAUGCGCACACUAAGUGCAACGGGCCCGCAAGCCGUAGUGUCGCCCCGACCAAGCAGCGCAGCCGCGGACCGAACACAAUUAAAUGGUCGUUCUACACCCCAGCCACUCCCGCAGUCUGGCCGCUUGCGGACGCAGCGGUCUUUGACAAACCUCCCUCGGAGUCCUUACGCAAUUGAGCGAACCGCAGAUCGUACACGCAUCGAUGCAUUACCACCCUUGCCGCCUCUGCCUCUCUUGUCCCUGAACUCCACGAAGCCGAACAAGAUGGAGUUGUACGAACGCCGCAACGAAUCUGCAGCAUCGAUCUCGAGCGCGUCGUCCGGAAGCUCGUAUUCAACCACGCACACGAAUUCAUGGCCCAGCUCCGCCUCCUCAGAUACGAGUCUCACAAGCCUCGAGGACAGUGCGGACAAGGACACUCCCGAACCCAAAGGGGGGACAAAGCCCGCUCCUGGUUUUGGCACUUCUCUGUGGAGCCGUGUCGCAGCUGCUGCGGGCGGUCUGUCCGUGAGCGUGAGUCGAGCAUGGGAAGCGAACAUUGAGGUUAGCUCCGGGGAAGUCACCCCACCGGGCGAAGAAUCUCGGCUGACAAGAGCUAUCAAGUCAUAUCACAUCGAGAAGGCUCGCCAGCCGUCAGACCUCCCGGAUUGGCUAUUUAGCGAGAGGGAACGAGGUGUUCGUGCUGCGGCCCGCUCCGCCGGGUCUGACGAGCGGGCCAAGCAGACCCCUGCUGAGCCCAAGACAGCCAAACGUAUAGCAACACCUGCUCGCGCCGGCGCAGGCUCGAUAGCGAGGAAGGAGGUGGACGCGGAGUCGGCCGCAUCAGCGUCGCGGGCUACGCAGAAGCUGCGAGAGCUUCGUGAUGCGAAAGUAACGAAACGAAUACCCACGAUCCGUUUCGUAGAUACACCUCACCCUAGACACGCUGCGUACAAGCGAGUGGAUGAUGACACGGCCCUUCUGGAGUCCGUCUCCUCUCCUCCGCUGGCCGAGCUGCCCGAGCCGAGGCUUGUAACGAACGUACGCCCGGUUGCCAGCUUAAAGAGCGUUGGUAGGCGUCCAAAUGCGGUCGGGCUGCCUUCUAGCGUGAGACCUAGGACUCGGCCAUGAUACCGUUAUGUUAUUUGUUGUACUUGUACCGGUAUUUGCACUCCCUUACAUGCAUGGACAACUAUUACUUUACACGCCGUGUAUGUAGACUUGCGACCUAUCUAUCCACACCUUGUUCUCGGUCCCCGUUGUUCCCGUUGCAGAAAUU